AUGCCUGCCUACCACUCCACCUUCCUCGACGACGCCGCCGACAACAGACUCGUCGGCAACGUGGUGCUUCUCCCCAUCCACACCAACUUCAGGGGCCCCUCGUACCCCCCUCAGCAGGACUACGACAUCAUUGAUGAAACCCUCGAUCUCUUCAGAGCCAACUCGUUCUUCCGCAACUUCGAGAUCAAGGGCCCAGCAGACCGUCUUUUGAUCUACGGCAUCCUCUUCGUCAGCGACUGCUUGUCCAAAUUGAACCGUUCUGUGAACUUCAAGGACGCCACCCGUAUAUUGAACAACUUAUCGUUGGAUUCGUUCAGCUUGCCAGGAGACGUCGGAUUCCCAUUGAACUCGUUGUACCAGCCACCAGCCAAUAAGAACGAGGCUGACUUGUUGAGGUCCUACUUGCAGCAGUUCAGACAGGAAUUGGCCGAGAGAUUGUUGAAGAAGCUCUACGAAGACGACGCAAACGCCCCCAGCAAGUUCUGGUUGGCGUUCACCAAAAGACGGUUUAUGAACAAGAGCUUAUAA